GGUAUUUUCAAUUUACAGGAUAUGUGUUUAAGACAUUUUAUAUAAGUCUUCCUUCCAAAGAACUAGUCAAUCAAAAAUGGCGCCUCAGAAGCGCAAGAGAUCGCACGAUGCCGAACCGGAGUUACCGCGUCGCGCGACCAGACAACAUCCUGCGCCCAAUAGCGACGAACACCUACUACGAAGCGGUCGUGUGCGUGCUGGUUCUAUCAAUAAGCCUCACAUGUUACCACAUACAGACAAAAUAUUAGAAAAAAACGGGGAGGUUAAGAGAAGAGUAGGGAGGCCACCUAGCAAACAAGACAGCGUCACAACAACUAGACACGCCACGGCGGACAAUAUAUCAAAAGAAAAUAUACAACCUAAUAAUAGUUAUGAAGAGGAAGUGGAAGUGGGAGGGGAAGAGGAAGAGCAAUAUGAUGAUAGAAUAAAUGAACUAGUAGUUAAGUCUCUGGAGCAUCCACGUCCACGUCCACGGCAUAAAGAAAAGAAAGCGACGACGAGACAACCGACUACAAGUUCAUCCCCUCCACAAACCCGACUUGCACCCCCCAAGCCGACAUUACCGCGAAAGCAACAGCAGCAACAAAUCCUAAAUCAAAUAAAUACACAUACAAAACCACCAAAACCACUCGUGACAUCGACGCCAAAGCGCCCUACUACCUCCGACAAGCCGCCAAAGCCUCCUCCCACACCACGCUCAGAUCGCAACAUCGAUAAGGUCGUAUUGGGUAACAUCUGUUUCAAGGCGUGGUACCCCUCCUUCUAUGGCAAGGAGGUGCUAGGCGACAUAUCAAAUAAUACCAAUUCAGGCGGCAAGGAUGGCAAAGACGGCGGCGGCGGGAAGAUGGGAGGCAGGAUAGGUGGUAGCAAGAGACAACCACCGCCUAUGCUCGAACGAUUGUAUGUCUGCCCGUGCUGCUUUAAAUAUAGUAGGGAACUGGUCGCGUGGUGGGAGCAUGUUAGGUGCUGCGAGAAGACGUUCGAGAUGCCUGGGCGGAAGGUGUAUACACAUCCCAGGGGCUUAUUAAGGACGCGGACGGUGAAGAUCCCUUCGGCAUUCUCUAGUGCUACCACGGCUGCGACCGCAGAGGUAGUUGGAAAGGGUAGGGGGAGAAAGAAGAGCGACGGAGGUGCAGGUGCGCCGAUGGCGAUGGCGAUGGCGGAAGAAGUGGUUAGUGAUGACGGCGAGUGGAGUGUGUGGGAAGUUGACGGGGAGAAAGAUAGGCUAUUCUGUCAGAAUCUGUCCCUAUUCGCGAAGCUAUUCCUAGAUAACAAAUCGGUCUUCUUCGACGUGACGGGGUUCAACUACUUUCUUCUCGUCUAUACGCCCCCGCCAACUCCCGACUCACAACCGUCUCCUUCUCUCGCCCCUAUGCCUACCGAUGUAAUCCCAAACUCCCAAUCAUCUGCAACAACUCUUUCUAGUACUUCCCAACAUACCCCAACGUCGCAGACGAGACCGCAGGUAGUGGGCUUCUUCUCCAAGGAGAAAUUGUCCUGGGAUAACAACAACCUGGCGUGUAUCCUAGUGUUCCCGCCGUGGCAGCGCAAGGGUCUGGGUGCCCUGCUCAUGGGUGUAUCGUACGAGAUCUCCCGGCGUGAGGGUAUUCUGGGCGGGCCUGAGAAGCCUAUAUCUGAACUUGGUAGAAAAGGGUAUAAGCAAUUCUGGGCGGGCGAGAUUGCGCGGUGGCUUCUAGAGCUCAAAAUACCGGGUGGGCGAGAGGGGGACGAUACAGAAGGCGAGAGAGAGACGGUAAUCACGGUCGAAGAAGUGUCCAAGGCCACGUGGAUCGUGCCCGAGGAUUGCCUCGCCAUACUCCGAGAGAUGGGCGUCGUAGAAGAUGCGGGUCCCAAUCCCGCCGAGAUAACCACGGCUAACGGGUCAACCGAACGGCGCGGUGGUAGCGUCAGCGACGGAGGAGAUGUUGAAACAACAGAAGAGGCGAAGACGGUUCCCCGCGUAAGGCUCGAUAGGGAAGCUAUCAGGCGCUGGGUUGACGCGAAUAAGAUCGACCUCACUAAGGCGUGCGACCCGGACGGCUUCGUCGAGGGGUACGCGGUUAGGGAGGGAGAGAGCGAGGAAGUGGAUGAAGAGUAGGAGGAGAGCAAUGGAGAAAGAGAAGAGAAGAGAUGGAUGGAAAUAUAUAAGAUACCCCUGUGUUUUGCUAUGUUUUGUCUUUUAAGAGAAUAAUCGUCGACGUGUUCGCUUGAGGUGCAAAAUCACGUACACUUAAACGAAGAGCUUGACAGAAUAUAGUUCUCUUAAAGAGGUGUUUAAAUUAUAACCUUCAAAGUA